AUGGGUAGGCCACAAAAUGGAAUCUACAUCAUCCAGGGAGAGAUCAGUUUGGUUGUCACUGCAAUGAAAAGAAGUUCUCGUUGGGUAAACCACACACAACAGGAUGAAGAAAGUGACCCUCUUCUUAGCAGUUUUUCUCAACUGAAAGACAUUUUGAAUAACAUAUCAGAUUUGGAUGAGAUUGAACCUAAUGCAUUUUUGGGCCCAUUCCUGGAAGUGAUCAGGUCGGAGGAUACAACUGGACCAAUUACAGGCCUAGCUCUGACUUCAGUGAACAAAUUUUUAUCCUAUGGUUUAGUGGAUUCAGCUUGUGAGACAGCUCCUGCUGCCAUAGAGAACAUAGCAGAUGCUGUCACUCAUGCCAGAUUUGUAGGCACGGAUCCAGGAUCUGAUGAGGUGGUCCUGAUGAAAAUUUUGCACGUUUUGCGGACUCUGUUGUUAGCCCCCGCUGGAGUUCUUCUUACCAAUGAGUCAGUCUGUGAAAUUAUGCAGUCAUGUUUCCGAAUUUGUUUCGAAAUGAGACUUAGUGAACUACUGAGGAAGUCAGCGGAACACACACUGAUGGACAUGGUUCAAUUGUUAUUCUCACGACUGCCACAGUUCAAGGAAGAUCCUAAAUGGGUAGCCAACAUGAAAAAGCUGAAGAUGAGAACAGGAGGAGUGGAUCCAUCUCGUAUGGGGAGGAAGAAACGGUCACCUAAACCACGACCAAAACGUCCAAAGUCCAAACAGCAGGACAACACUGCAGGCACCAUACAGGAGUGUGAGAAUGUGUCCAGCUCCAGGGAGGAUGUUUCUGGGGGUCAGGAUCCUCCCCAAGACAGCAUAGUGUCUGAGGGGAUAGAGUAUGUUCAGGCUUCCAAGGAGAGGCUAGCCACCACCCCUGCUACCCCGGGGGAAGAUGGAGUGAUUGACAUCAGUCAACGCUUUCAGGAGGCAACGGACAAAGAAAAACAAGCUGCACAGAUUUCAGAAGAGAUUUCAGAACUACAGAUAGAUGAUAGUUCCACUGAAAUAGACAAAGACUGUUUUAGUUUACAAUCAGAAUCAUCCAACAUAAGCUUAAAUAUGGAAAAUUCUGGAUCCACCUCCCAAGUUGUGCUUUCAGUUCCUCAGAGAGAAGACACAUCACAAAAGGGCCCUGACAUGCUGGGUACCUGUGGAGAUAUGGACAGGGUCAGUUUACACUCAGAAGACACAGAGUCUGUACACAGUACUGCAGAGAAUUCAGAACCAAUGGUGGUGGAUGAGAUUGUCAACCCUCAGGGAGUCAGGUUCACCCCUCAUCACCACCACAAGGAAGGUUCUGGUCCUCUUUUACCCUAUGGCUUACCAUGUGUGCGUGAAUUGUUUCGCUUCCUGAUCUCGUUAACCAAUCCCCUGGACCGUCACAACACAGACGUGAUGAUACACAUGGGACUCAGUCUCCUGUCCGUAGCUCUGGAGUCAGGGGCAGAUCAUAUCGGCCAUUACAAUUCUCUCCUGUACCUGGUCAAAGAUGAAAUGUGUCGGCACCUCUUCCUGUUGCUGCAGUCCGAGAGACUUUCUUUGUUCUCAGCUUCUCUCCGAGUUUGUUUUCUGUUGUUUGAGUCCAUCAGAAGUCACCUAAAGCUACAACUAGAGUUUUAUUUGACCAAACUGACAGAUAUCAUAGUAUCUGAGUCUCCCAGGAUCUCAUACGAGAUUCGUGAGAUAGCUCUUGAGUCUAUCGUUCAGCUGUGGAGAAUUCCUGGUCUUGUUACAGAACUUUACCUUAACUAUGACUGUGAUCUAUACUGCUCCAACUUGUUUGAAGAUCUUACCAAACUUUUAUCAAAGAAUGCCUUUCCAGUUCAGGGCCUGUUUUCCACACACCUUUUGUCACUUGAUGCUCUGUUGACAGUAGUUGACAGCAUUGAACAGCACUGUCACAGUCGAAUACUCAGCAUCAACAAACAGGGAGCUGAGGGAAGGCAGACUGUCCAAUCAUCGCAGACAGUGACUGAGAAUGGAGUAUUGGAGUCUUCAGUACCAAGUCCCCCCACCACUGGUUACGUAAUGGCUCAGAAACUCCUCAAUAAAGAACAAACUCAGGAAAGUUCUAAAGAAGAGCCAAAACAGAAAGACACAGCCAAGAGGUCUCCAUCUUUUAGACAAAACAGAAUGAAAGUGUCGUCCACAAUUCCCACAGCUGAGGACAUUGCCACCAUCAAACACAAGAAAAAGCUAUACUAUACUGGCACAGAGCAGUUUAACACAAAACCCUCCAAGGGAAUAACUUACCUCCAGGAACAGGGCCUCUUGUCAGAUCCCCUGGACCCGGGGGAAGUGGUCACUUUUCUGAAGGAGAACCCCAGACUGGACAAAGCCAUGAUAGGAGAGUAUGUGGCCAAGAAAACCAACAGCAAAGUCCUAGAGGCAUUUGUGAAAUCUUUUAACUUUGAGGACCUUCGAGUUGAUGAGGCCCUGAGGCAGUAUCUUGAGGCCUUCCGUCUACCUGGAGAGGCCCCUGUUAUAUCUUACUUGAUAGAGCACUUCUCUGACCACUGGCACAAGAGUAAUGGUGAGCCAUUUGCCAAUGCUGAUGCAGCAUUUACUUUGACGUAUGCCAUCAUUAUGCUCAAUGUAGAUCAACACAACCACAAUGCAAAGAAACAGAACAUCCCCAUGACGGGAGCUGAAUUCAAAAAGAAUUUAAAGAAAUGUAAUGGAGGAGCAGACUUUGACCAGGACAUGUUGGAGGAGAUUUAUGUUGCAAUAAAGAAUGAGGAGAUUGUGAUGCCAGCAGAACACACAGGUUUAGUCAAAGAAAACUAUCUUUGGAAGGUUCUGUUGAGAAGAGGCACCACAAAGGAUGGCCUUUUCCUACAUGUUCCUUCUGGGUCAUUUGAUCAUGACUUGUUCACCCUUAUAUGGGGCCCAACAGUUGCAGCUCUGUCAUUUGUGUUUGACAAAAGCUCCGAUGAUUCUAUAAUCCAGAAGGCAAUAGCAGGAUUUAGGAAAUGUGCUAUGAUAUCAGCUCACUAUGGAAUGAGUGAUGUUUUUGAUAAUCUAGUCAUAUCACUUUGUAAAUUCACCACCCUACUGAGUUCUGUAGAGAGUCCAGAACAUAUACCUGUGAUGUUUGGGAGCAACUCCAAAGCUCAGUUAGCUGCUCGCACUGUGUUUGGGUUAGCUCAUCGCCAUGGUGAUAUUUUAAGAGAAGGGUGGAAGAAUAUAUUGGACUGUAUGCUACAACUUUAUCGUGCCAAAUUAUUACCAAAGGGGUUGACUGAGGUAGAGGAUUUCAUAGAUACUUCAGGAAAAAUUUGUAUAGUGAGAGAAGAGACCACAGCUGCCCAGAGGUCUGAGGGAGUUCUGAGCAGUUUCUACUCAUACUUCACCAGUUCUGAGCCAACCACGAACAAAGGCCCCACCCCGGAGGAGCAGGAAGCCUCCAAACAGGCUCAGAGCUGUAUCAGGGACUGCCAUCUAGAACAGCUGAUUCUGGACAGUAAAUUCCUUAGGGAGGACUCAUUACAGGAACUUAUCAAAGCCCAGAUAUUUGCCUCCCAGGGUCCCGAGGUUCAUAAUUCAGAAUUGCAAUUUGACGAAGAUGCAGCCGUAUUUUUCCUAGAACUUUUAAUCAAAGUUAUUCUUCAAAAUAGAGAUAGAGUUGUUCCUAUAUGGCAGAAUGUAAGAGACCACUUAUACAGUCUGAUAGUAAAUUCUAAUGAGUGCACAUUCCUAGUGGAGAGAGCAGUAGUAGGCUUGUUACGUCUCGCUAUCAGAUUAUUACGUAGAGAAGAGGUGGCACCACAAGUCCUUACAUCGCUCCGUAUUCUGUUAAUGAUGAAACCCACAGUGAUCCAUUCCUGUACUAGACAGAUAUCCUAUGCCCUGCAUGAACUACUGAGGACAAAUGCAGCAAACAUCCACACAAGCCAGGACUGGUUCACUCUGUUUACCCUGCUAGAGGUUGUGGGGGCAGGGGCUAACCCUCCCCCUCUUUUACAGGUCUGCCCAGGUAUUGAAAUGUCUGAGGCCAUCAUUGAUGCAGGAGCCCAGAGUGAUAGUGAGUUACCCAGUACUUCUGUAAAUGACAAUUUGAGUGACCGGGGCUACACAUCAGACAGUGAGAUCAGCUAUGUCAGACAGGCAGCUGUCAACAGAAGCCCCUCCCCUCUGGAGAUCAGACCCAUACCUGACAAUGGAAGCUGGCUCCUGGUAAACAAGGAUUCCCACCAGCCAAUUGGAGAGGAUCAUACAUCAGUGACCAUUCCUAAAGUGAUUCCUAAUCAAUAUAGUAUUGAGUUGAAUGAGGAUUUACAUUACUGUGACAGUAAGGCCUUGCUGAAGUCCUCGGAGACCCUGGCUUUCCUAGUCCGAGAUGCCGCCCAUGUCACGCCCCUCAACUUUGAGAGUUGUGUACAUUCUAUCCGAGCUUUUGUUGAGGCCAGUGUUAAUGGAGGUAGAAGAAGGAUGCCUGCUUUUCCAAGACAACAAAAACCACAAAGCAAACAUGUACAUAAAAAAUCAAAGAAAGAUACAGGGAAAAUGAAGAAGUCUUCUUCCUCACCAAGUCAUAUCCAGAGUAUUUUCCCCUCAGAUGAUGAGGGGGAGGAGGAAGGAACAGGGGGAAGUUUAGCCUCAUUAUCAAUUCAGCUGUUGGAUCUAAUGCACACACUCCAUACACGUGCUGCCACUAUAUUUACAUCGUGGGCAGAGGAGGAGAAUAAUGAAGAGAGGGAAGCAAUUGAUGCUUGUCAUAGUGCAUUAUGGGUAAAGUGCUGGUGUCCUUUGUUGCAAGGAAUAGCCAGGUUAUGCUGUGAUACUAGGAGACAGGUCAGGAGUCAGGCAUUAACAUAUCUACAGAGGGCACUGUUAGUUCACGACCUUCAAACUCUGUCAGCAGCUGAAUGGGAGGCUUGUUUUAACAAGGUAUUAUUCCCCCUCCUGACAAAGCUGUUGGAGAACAUCAAUGUUCAGGACCCCUCUGGCAUGGAAGAGACCAGAAUGAGAGCCUCCACAUUACUCUGCAAGGUAUUCCUCCAGCACUUGAGCCCCCUAUUGUCACUAAGCACCUUCACUGCUUUGUGGCUGACAAUUCUAGAUUUUAUGGACAAAUACAUGCAUACUGACAACAGUGACCUACUGUCUGAGGCUAUACCAGAGUCCUUGAAGAACAUGCUGUUGGUGAUGGACACUGCCAAUAUAUUCCACACAUCAGAUGGUGGCGAGUCACAACUCUGGAAACUUACAUGGGACAGAAUAGAUACUUUCUUACCUCAUUUGCAAAAAGAGCUCUUUAAACCCAAAAAUUCAGAGGAGACACCAGUGAUCAGCUCUCAACCUGUUCCUAGUACAACUGCACCAGUAGCUCAGACACUACAUGAGCAGCAGUCUACAGCGGAGUCACCUCCCUCUCAAAUCCCACCUGAGGUUCCACUAGAGGGCAUCACUGUUGUUAAGGAACACAGUCAUGACUACUACCGUGGGUCAUCUGAAGAGGGUGAUUCCCCGUCCCCACAGCCUCAUAUGGCCCUGUCACACUAUCUUAGUCAGCCCUACUGCUCCUCAGUGGGGCACCAUCCACAUGUCUCCGUGCAUAAAAGCCACAUUAAUCAUGACCCCCCUGUUCCACUUUUGUUGCACCCAGAUAUAAUGCCCUCUGCACCCAUUCAGUUUGUUACAUCACAAGAAAGCCACGAGACAGUGCAGAGCAGGCCCCCAGUGAUAGAAAACCCAUAAUUCUUCCACCAGCUUCAUCAGUUCAGCAUCCUGUACAUACCAUAUAGACUGGGGCUGCCUCAUUUCAAGCAAUAUCAUAUAUGUAUUGUACACUUUGUUAUCAGAUGAAGACUAAAUGGAAUAAAUUGUGUUGUUAUCGUGAUUAUUAACAUUCACAGUGUUGUUUGAUAGUUGAUACAUGUAUUAUGCUUACAUGACAUCAUAACAAAACAACCGAGCUGUAUUCAAGAUCUUAGUGGCUCUACAUAGCCUCCAUGAUUUUGGUAUGCUAGCCUAGCCAAACAAGCAUUAAUUCACACAAUAUGACCUAGAUAUCUAACUUGGCACCUAGGCUAGCUGCCACUAUCUGGAAUGCAGCUCUGGGCUGAUAGUUUUAGAUAUUAAAUACAUGUAGGUUAUAUAUAUAAAGAACAAGGUUCACUUAGGGCCUUUUUUGGCCCUGUGAAUUUCAGAAAAACUAAAAUUGCUUGGUUUAAGUUGAAAAUGCAUUAAAUAUCAUUUAGACCUUUGAUGACUGCGAGUCUAUCAAAAAUGACGUCAUUUUCCUCAUAUCCUGAAAAAUUCUACAAAAACAGCCAAUUUUUAAAGCUAUUUUUCAAUAUUUAAUAUAGAGCGCAACCUCUGAUCUAAAAUAUGCAACUAUUAAAGGAUAGAAAAAUUUCUGAGGAUUACAAAACAUGUUUUAUUUUUUAGAUCAGAGGGUGUGCUCAUAUUAUUUCUCUUCUGUGAAAGUACUCAAAUAUACUUGUUUUCCUUAAAAUUCAAGAACAUUGCAAUUCCAUGGAGCCUGUAUUCCAAGACCUUGGCUUUAAGGAGAAUUUUUUUAAUAGGAAAUGAAAGCACUAAGUCUCUACUUUAUCUUGAUGUUUAAAAUGGAACAUUAAGUGUUAGUCAAUAAAUUGGUAUAUCUACAGGGCCAUUUUAUGCAUAAAGUGAACCUAGCUCUUUACAUUUUAUGGUAGACCUGUGUGAUUCUCAAAAACCCUCCAGAAAACUUCAUCCAUGGAAGCCUGAUUCAAAUGAUAUUUGUAGAAGUAUUCUUCAUGUAGAAAGUUGUCAGAUACAGCAUUGUAAGUCUAUUUAUUUUAGCAGGAAUGUCUUAGUUUCCAACAUUCUUUCCAUGUCACAGAGUUGACAGGAAUUUGUUUUCAAAAAAAUAGAAAUAUAAAGAUUUACCUGUUACUAAAUUGUAUAUAUUAAUUACUUUCUUCUAGAUUGCAGAGAUGGUUUUGUGUUUGUUAAAAAUAUACCAACUUUGUUCAUUAAUACAGAGUUGUUAAUUAUUUUUUUGUGAUUUUACACAAUUACUUAUUUAUCUACAUGUGAUUACAUGUGUUAUGAUAAAAGAUGUGCUUAUUUUGUGAAGAGAAAGUGUACAUAGUAUUAUAUACAUGAAUGUAUUAUGUGUGUGUACAAAAUUCAUAUUUUAUGUAAUUGUUAUUCUAUUCCAGCUUUUACAAUUAUACGAUUGUGUUUUUCUUUUACAAUAUAAAUGUAUAUAUAAACUGUUCUGCAUGUUGUUUUCUUAAUACAAUAAUAUAACAAACUUAAGAUGUUGACUACAGUAGAGGCCCAUAAAAAUCAGAUUUUGUUUUUAUUAUACUUGCAGAUAAAAUGUUUUUGACAUUUAAAGCUAUAUAUGGUGUAUCUGAUUUAGAAAAUAAAAAUAUGAGAUUGAAUGCAGAUGAACAUGAUAUUUGUUAUUUACGAUCAAAUUAAAAUUUUCACCAAUUCUGAACUUGAAUAACCCCAAGUUUCUAUGGUUAAAUUGACUUUAAACUGUGUCUGAUAUUUAAAUGCGGAGUCAGUAAAUAAAUAGGUUAUUGUUUUAAAUUUCUAAUAUCUAUGAAACGCGAAUGAUUUAAAUUGUGUAAUUUACAGAAAAGUCCUAUCUUUAUAUAAAGUAAUAAAACAAAUGGAAAGAUCUUUUUAAUUUUAGUUAGUAUGAACUUAUAAAAAAAAUGCCAUAUAUGACUAAGAGAAACAUUGUAUCUAGGCCAUUUAUAUAAAAAUGAUUUGUUUAUGUGCACAAAAUGUUGGACAUGUUUAAGUUGCUUGCUAGAUACAUAAGAUACAUACAUUAGAUCAUGAGCUUUGAGCUAUCUGGCAUGCAAAUGAAAACAUUACAACUUUUUGUAUUGAAUACCAGUUCAUAUUGUUUUGGACAGGCCUAGAUUUUAUUUUUCAGGGUUUCAUGAGCAAGUGAAAUGGUAAUAGCUGUAAAAAAAUAAUAGCCUAUGUCAAAAGUCAUGUUUAAUGUGAUCUAUAUGAAAUGUUUAAUUUUUGUUAAAGAUUUCAUUGUAGAAGUAUUUAUUGUAAUAAAAUGAGAUGACUAAAUUUAAAA